AUGGCGGGCACUAGCGAACAGCCACGACUUCGUCGAAAUCGGCCAUCACUGAUGAGGCAGAGCGAUGUGAACGAUGCUAACGCAUUGUUAAAUCGGCGUUCAACACUCGCGUCAGCUCGCGAUCGUCGAGCAGAGUCCACGCAAGAUUCAGCCGAGAAUCUAGGGAGUUUGCCGAAUCUCGCUGAACUUGAGAACAGCGCGUUGCGUCUUCGUCGUGAGGACGCGGCACGCUUAGCGUCUCAACGUCGUCAGGAGAUACUUCGUAAUCAGGAGGACCAAGCUCUUCUCAGAGCAAAUCCACUUCGAUAUCUGUUUCAUCCUGCCUUCAAGGCGUGGCUAGUUCGUUGGAAGGUGCCAAUCUUCCUUGCAGCUGCUAACCUCACAUUACUCUUUCUCUUCUAUAACCUGCUCACUUACGAUAGGAAACGUCGUUAG